AUGGACGAAUCUACCAUCAGAGGGAUUGAAUCGCUGGAAUUGAAGGAUGGUGAAUCUAGUGAUGCACACGUUCUUCGAUAUGUCCGUUUUUACGUUCGGGGUUAUGACCCUUCACUUGAUGAGGAUGGAAUCACGAGGGCGUUGACAAAACAUUUCAGUUCAUGUGGAGAGAUCGUGAAGAUUUAUGUGUCCAGAUGGCACUCGAGAGCUCUCGUUUGCGUUUCUGGAUUUGACGUAGAGAAGAAGGCGUUGGAACUUAAUGGAAGUGACAUGGGAGGAUAUGAUAUAAAAGUUGAGUUUACAAAACUUCGUAAGUCUAAUCCUCCCAGACCCCGCUUUAAAGGAUCAGGCGUGAUUAAUGUUGUGGGUUAUGACACUUCGCUUUCUGAGGAAGAUGUCAAGCCCGUCCUGAAUAAACAUUUCUCUUCAUGUGGAAUGGUCACUGAAGCUUAUCUUCUCAAAAGCCAGAACAAAGUUGUGGCUUAUAUCGAGGGAGAAGACGCAGUAGAAAAGGCCUUGAAGCUUAGUGGCUGUGAAUGUGAUGUGAAAGAAUGUAAGAUUGUAGCUAAAAAGUAUUUUCGGCCAAAANUACGCCAGCUGUCAACUGGCUNUGCUGUCCCAGAUUCGUCUACUAAGAAGGCUAAGAAGUAG